AUGUCUGAGCACAUCGAGACGAUAGAACAGGCAAGAACGGCGGCCUCUCAGAAAAAGUAUGAUGAAGCUGAAAACAAAUACUGGCUGGUGAUCAAUGCCAAGGUCGAGACCGACAAUCAGAAUCAAAGGGCCAAGUUGUUGCAAGACCAGGAAACGGCCAUUCUCGAACUAGGCAAAGUCUACCAGGAAUUGAAGGAUGCUGAAAAGUUGCACACAUUGAUUAGUGACUCGCGUACUGUUUUGGGUGGAUUUGCCAAGUCGAAAACGGCCAAGAUUGUCAAGUCGUUAGUUGAGGACUUCGACGCCAUUCCUGGUGCCCUCGACUCACAAAUCACAGCCAUCAAGGAGUCCAUAGAGUGGGCCAUCCAGAGCAAGUUAUCCUUCUUGAGACAGCAAUUGCAGUUGAAGUUGUCUGCUAAACUCUACACCAAGGGCUCGUACCAUGAGGGUUUGAAGAUCAUAACAGACUUAUUGAGAGAGUACAAGAAGUUGGACGAUAAAUCAUCAUUGGUCGAGGUUCAGUUGGUGGAAUCCCAAAUAUAUCAUGCUUUGAGAAACAUACCCAAAUCCAGGGCGGCCUUGACUUCUGCCAGAACAUCUGCAAACUCCAUCUACUGCCCUACUAUCUUGCAAGCAGAGCUUGACUGUCAGAGUGGUAUCUUGAAUGCUGAGGACAAGGAUUACAAGACUGCCUUCUCGUACUUCUAUGAAUCAUUCGAGGGCUUCAACUCCCAGAACGACGAAAGAGCCAUCGUUGUCUUGAAGUACAUGUUGUUGACAAAGAUCAUGUUGAACUUGAUCGACGACGUUAAGACUAUUUUGAACAACAAGAACGUGGUUAAGUAUCAGUCUAAGGACAUCGAUGCUAUGAAAUCUAUCGCUACAGCAUACUCGAACAGAUCCUUGAAGGAAUUCGAGAACGCUUUAUUGACGUACUCUGUGGAAUUAAAGUCCGAUCCCAUCAUCAAAAACCAUUUCAACGCAUUGUAUGACAACUUAUUGGAGCAAAACUUGUUGAAAAUUAUUGAAUCUUACAGUGUGGUUGAGUUGGAUCAUAUCUCCAAAAAUAUCGGCUUGAACGUGCAGCAGGUAGAGGGCAAGUUGUCACAAAUGAUCCUAGACAAAGUUUUCUACGGUGUGUUAGAUCAGGGAAACGGCUGGUUGAUUAUCUAUGAUGAGCCCCGCAAAGACGCCUCAUACGAGGCAGCAUUGGGUUUGGUGAAGAACUUGUCCGGUGUUGUGGACCUUUUGUACGAGAAAGCGUCUUCCUUGAAUUAG